AUGGUCGUCUCGUUCAGGACUCGCAAGCUGGAUUUUCCGCGCAUCAGCAGCAUGGCCGAAGACAGGAUGUGCGAAGCAUCGCCGCAGUUAAGUCUUCCUUCACGCGAUCCCGUCCUCAUCGAUCGAUGGGAUGCAUGCAGAGCCAUUUGCAAAUCGAAUCGAGUCUACGAUACACAUGUGACCCGAGAUCCCGUUGCGUUCUUGGGAUUGGAACCUGCCUAUCCUGCUCUAUCGUUACCGAACCUCCAGCUCCCAACCAACGCCAUGCGUUGGACUUUCGUCGUAGUGGCGGCUGUAGCCACCCUUUUGGCAGGGAGAGAUGCCGCCUCAGCCGCAGCGGUGGACCCCAAACUCUCGACUGUGAACACCGCCAACGCCCCUGACGUGGCUCGCGAGCUCAACCUCGACCUAGACAAUAAGUUGGAGGUCGUCUCAACCUGGCUGUCUUGCUGCGCGCAGCUCGGAGUUUGUGCCGCCGUGUUCACGCUGGCCGCGAAACUUACAUACUCCAAGAAGUAA